CGAAAAUGUCUAAAAGACUUCAUAUUUUUACUUCCCCUCUCUACAAUAAAUCUACCCAAAGAAAUCGAAAAAUAAAGAGAAAAAAUCCCAAGAAAAAGAAAGAUCAAAGAUCAAAGACCUUUGAUUUUGAUUUUGAUUUGUUUUAUUUUUUUACGAUAUGUUGGAGAAGAUCGGAUUGCCUGCAAAGCCUUCAUUGAGAGGGAAUAAUUGGGUAGUUGAUGCUUCUCAUUGCCAAGGAUGUUCUUCUCAGUUCACUUUCAUCAAUCGCAAGCAUCACUGCCGACGAUGUGGGGGCCUAUUUUGCGGUUCCUGUACUCAGAAGAGAAUGGUUUUGCGUGGACAGGGUGAUUCGCCCGUUCGUAUCUGCGAACCUUGUAAAACGCUAGAAGAGGCCGCACGAUUUGAGCUGCGCCAUGGACACAAAAGUAGAGCUGGGAGAGGUAGUUCAAAACCGGCUGCUAAAAACGAGGAUGACAUUUUGAACCAGAUUCUUGGUGCCGACGUAAAGGAAUCCUCUUCAUUAAGAGUAACUUCCAACAAUGAUAUGACUCCUAGUGUUGCUCGGGCAAAUAGCAGUUCAUCGUCUUCCAGUGUUCAUGACAGGGGAGGAGAAAUACAUCGAAGUCAGUCUGUUGAUCAGCGUAUGCAGAAUGAUAUGGCAUCUUCGAGUCCUGAGGAACUGCGCCAGCAAGCAGUGGAGGAAAAAAGAAAGUAUAAGAUUCUAAAAGGAGAAGGGAAACCCGAGGAAGCUCUGAAAGCCUUUAAAAGAGGAAAAGAGCUAGAGAGGCAAGCUGAGUCUUUGGAGAUAUAUAUAAGAAAAAACCGUAAAAAAAGUUUGUCAUCUAGCAAUAUGUCCGAGACCCAGAACAAAGAUGCCGUCAGCAGAAAAAAUAAGGCCUCUACUCAAGUGGGUAAGGAUGACCUGGCAGCUGAACUCAGGGAACUCGGGUGGUCUGAUAUGGAUCCACAUAAUGAGGGUAAAGGAUCCGCAGCUAUGAGUUUGGAAGGUGAACUCUCCUCACUUCUCGGAGAAAUGCCGAAGAAAAGUGGCAAACAUGGCACAGACAAGACCGAGGUUGUUGCCAUUAAGAAAAAGGCUCUCAUGUUGAAGCGUGAGGGGAAGCUUGCAGAAGCAAAAGAAGAACUAAAGAGAGCUAAAGUCUUGGAGAAGCAACUCGAGGAACAAGAACUAUUGGCCGGAGCUGAUGAUUCGGAUGAUGAGCUAUCUGCUAUAAUUAAUAGCAUGGGUAAUGAUAAACAAGAUGAUAUGUUAGUUCAGUACGAGCAUACAGAAGGCUUUGACUUUGGUAAACUUUUGGGAACCGGUGAUGAUAUUGGCAUUGAUGAUAAUUUUGAAGUAACUGAUAACGAUAUGGAUGAUCCGGAAAUAGCUGCUGCUUUGAAAUCACUAGGUUGGGCCGAGGAUUCUAAUCCAAGUGAAGACAUUAUGCCUCGGUCUACUCCUGUUAACAGGGAGGCACUGUUAAAUGAAAUUCUUUCGUUAAAAAGAGAGGCCCUUAGUCAGAAGCGAGCUGGUAAUGUUGCGGAGGCAAUGGUGCAGUUAAAGAAGGCAAAGUUACUUGAGAAGGACCUUGAAAGCUACGAUUCUCAGGCUGGGAAUUUUACAGUUCAUCAAAAUGGUCCAACUCCUGAAUCUGCUGAUAUAUCAAAGAAGUCAGUUAAGUUGGGUGAUGACAAUGAUCUAAAACCUCCACGAAAGAGUAGAUUGGCUGUUCAGAAAGAGCUUUUGGGUUUGAAGAAGAAAGCCCUCGCUUUGAGAAGGGAAGGACGACUCGAUGAAGCGGAGGAAGAAUUGAAGAAAGGCAAGAUUCUCGAGCAGCAACUUGAAGAAAUGGACAACACUUCCAGCACAAAGGCUGCGCAGGUAACUUUGAAAGACGAGCACGAUAGUUUGUCAGAAACUCUUCCAGUUGAAGGAGAUGUUACAGAUCAAGACCUGCAUGAUCCGACGUAUCUUUCGAUCUUAAAGAACUUAGGUUGGAAUGAAAAUGAUGAUGAGCUUUCGAACUCUUUGCCAAAACAUUCUAAACAAAAGGAUUCUGAAAAAGUUAUUCAAUCUUCUUCGACUCAAUCUCCUCCAAUGAUCCCGGUUAAGGCAACGAGAAGAACUAAAGCUGAAAUACAGAGGGAGUUAUUAGGCUUAAAAAGGAAAGCUCUUUCGCUUAGGCGCCAAGGAAAUACUGACGAGGCAGAGGAAGUGCUGGAAACAGCUAAAGCAUUAGAGGCUGAGAUUGCAGAAAUGGAAGCCCCACAGAAAGUGGUCGAACCAAAGUGGCCGAAUGAAAAAGGUGUUGUGGAAGAAGCAGAUGAAAAUGUUACGGAGAAUGAUAUGACUGAUCCAGCUAUGCUCUCAAUGCUAAAGAAUUUGGGUUGGAAAGGGGACGAAGUUGAACCGGUAACUAAGCACGAAAAGCAUUCCUCUGAGUCCUUGCAUUCUGGCUGUCCAUCUGUUAUUCAACCCUCUUUGGGUAUGUCUGCUUCGCCACCAAGAAGUAAAAGGGAAAUUGAAAGAGAACUUCUAAACUUGAAAAGAAAGGCUCUCACCCUUAGACGAAAUGGACAAGCCGAAGAGGCUGAGGACUUGUUGGAAAAGGCGAAGUUACUGGAAUCUGAACUGGCCGAAUUGGAAGCUCCGAAAGAAGAACUUGUUGCUGAUUUGUCCAAGGACAGUAAACCUACGAAUGCCGAAUCAUUUGCCAACCAUGAGAAGCAAGGGCUUUCGAAAAAUGAAGUGAAAGGUGAUUUUGUAUCCCACAUAUCUUCCCUUGCUAAAACUGAUGCUCCAUUGUCUUCCCUAGAUCUUAGAACCAACGAUGAAGGUACCGAUGCAAAAGGUAGGGUAGUGAAUAGAGAGCAGAAAACACAUGCGAUCGAUGCAAGUCUGGGUGAGGGAUUUGCUUCUGAGAACAACCAAGAUUCACUUAGGCAAGCAGUUUUGUCUCAUAAGAAGAAGGCACUUGCUUUGAAGAGAGACGGAAAAUUAGCAGAAGCUCGAGAAGAACUUCGGCUAGCAAAACUGUUGGAGAAGAGCCCGACAGAAGACGGCACUCCACCAAAAGCCGACACAAAUGAUGGCUCAAUAUCUGCAUCCUCUUUCCCUUCUGAUGCGACAAAAGAGAAGGCUGCAUCAACUUUGGCUCCAAAACCACUGUCUGGACGUGAUCGCUUCAAGCUGCAACAAGAAUCCCUUAGUCAUAAGCGCCAAGCUUUGAAACUCCGAAGAGAAGGUAAGCUUCAAGAAGCAGAAGCUGAGUUUGAAAUAGCCAAGUCUCUUGAGGCACAGUUGGAAGAAUCAUCUGGUCAGGAUUCAACAAACACCGGGGGAGGAAAAGCAGACGAUGUAGCUGUUGAGGAUCUUCUCGAUCCUCAACUUUUAUCUGCCCUGAAAGCUAUUGGAUUAGAUGGUUCUAGUACGAUCGAACAUAGCCCUCAAAGACCAGAACCUGUAAAACACCACAUCGCAAAAACUGACAAUGUCAACCAAGAGAGAAUCCUGUUGGAAGAGCGGAUCAAAGCUGAAAAGGUCAAGGCAGUCAACUUAAAAAGGUCAGGGAAACAAACUGAGGCUUUAGAUGCACUUAGAAAGGCCAAAAUGCUAGAGAAAAAGCUAAAUUCCUUGUCUUAAUAAAAUACUAAAAUCAUAUAAAUUUCCAUUUUCAGCUAGGAAAAUGAUUUGAGGUACAUAAUAUUUGUGGCUACCAUGUGAAAAAUGAUUUAUUUCCAUCUUAAGCAUAUGUAUACUAAAUUUUUAAUCAUUGAUUCUUAGGUGGAAAAUGCUCUUCAUUUCAUACCAUUUGCAAUAAAAGAUUGAACAUGAUGAUUUAUAAA